CCAGCCAAGCAUAUAAAUAGAGAUUUUAUUUACAUAUACUACGCAUAUGCCAGUGCAUACUUCCAAGUAUCCUUUUGCUUGGACUCUUACUCUGUCAUUUUCGCAAACACUUGGCUCGCCAGAUCUCUCCUCGAAUUCUUGCAGCCGAAGCUUCUUCAUUUCGUCGCUGAAAUGCUUCACGGAUUGAGGUUUUGAUCUGGCUUUUUGGCUCCUCGGGGUUGAUUUGAUCGGGUUUGUUGUUGGAGAAAUGGACGGCGGCGAUGGGACGAUGAGGCUCGGCGCUCUCAACUUGAAGCCGGAUCGGGUCGGCGGCCUCGAUUCGGGUCCCGACGUGUCGGUUUCGUCGCCGGUGACGAGGCAGAAGGCGGCGGCGGCGAAGCAGUUCAUUGAGAAUCACUACAAGAACUAUCUACAAGGACUACAGGAUCGCAAAGAGAGACGCCGAGCACUUCAAAGGAAAGCACAAGAAGAUCAGAUACCAACUGAGGAACAAGAAGAGAUGAUGAGGAUAUUGGAACGCAGAGAAACAGAAUACAUGAGGCUGCAAAGACGUAAAAUCGGAAUUGAUGAUUUUGAGCAAUUAACUGUCAUUGGUAAAGGGGCAUUUGGUGAGGUAAGGUUAUGUCGUGCUAAAGGUACAGGAGAGAUUUAUGCCAUGAAGAAAUUGAAGAAAUCUGAGAUGCUUAGCCGAGGACAGGUUGAGCAUGUGCGUUCUGAGAGGAACUUACUUGCGGAGGUUGAUAGCCGGUGCAUUGUAAAACUUCAUUAUUCAUUUCAAGAUUCUGAUUUCUUAUACCUUAUCAUGGAGUACUUACCUGGUGGUGAUAUUAUGACAUUAUUGAUGAGAGAAGAUACUCUUUCCGAAGAUGUUGCACGUUUUUACAUAGCAGAGAGUAUUCUGGCUAUUCACUCAAUCCAUCAACACAACUACAUUCAUAGGGACAUAAAACCAGAUAACCUGAUACUGGAUAAAAAUGGCCAUUUGAAGCUUUCAGAUUUUGGCUUGUGUAAACCUCUGGAUGACAAGUAUUCUACACUGUUACUGGAAAAUGAUGAUUUAACCUCCCAGGAAUCCAUAUCUGAAACUGAAGGACAAUCUGGCUGUGAUAAGGUUCCUUGGUUGAUGCCAAAAGAACAAUUACAACAAUGGAAACGUAAUCGUCGUGCCCUGGCUUAUUCAACCGUUGGAACUCUUGACUAUAUGGCACCUGAGGUGUUGCUCAAGAAAGGAUAUGGAAUAGAGUGCGAUUGGUGGUCCCUAGGGGCAAUCAUGUAUGAGAUGCUUGUAGGCUAUCCUCCCUUCUGCUCCGAUGACCCAAGGAUCACAUGCCGCAAGAUAAUCAAUUGGAGAACAUGCCUGAAAUUUCCUGACGAACCAAAAAUUUCGGAUGAGGCAAAGGAUCUGAUCUGUCACUUGUUAUGUGACGUUGAAUCAAGGCUUGGGACACAUGGAGCAGAAGAAAUUAAGGCCCAUCCAUGGUUCAGAUGUGUUCAGUGGGACAGGCUGUAUGAAAUCGAAGCUGCAUAUAAACCUACAGUCAUUGGAGACUUGGACACUCAGAAUUUUGAAAAGUUUCCUGAAGUAGAGGGCCCGCCAUCUACAAUGCCAACAGUGGGACCUUGGCGGAAGAUGUUAACGUCGAAAGAUACCAAUUUCAUUGGAUACACUUUUAAGAAAUCAGAUGUCCUCAGAUCACUUGAAAGUUCAGGUACAGACAUGAGAUCAAAUAGUUCUGCAAAGGCCCCUUCUCUGAUUUCCUUAUUAGGUAGAAUUGACUUGCAAGAAACUGCGAUACCAGAGGGAGAUCAGAAGCAGGAAAUUUAAGUAUUGUAAAGGACCGAGAAUUAUUAUUUACCUUUGGCGCGUAAUCUGCAAUAGAAGCCGUCGAUAUGCAAGAUCAGAUUUGGCAUGCAAGAUUUGUUGUAAACAUGAAGACAUGAAUAAAGAGGUCAGCUCAAAGUUGAUAUGAUCUUGGGUGGUAUUCAUUAUCACUCCACCCCAAAUACGCCUUGAUCUAUAACUGCUGCUGUAAAAACCAUCAUUCUUAAAUUCAACCUUACCCUCCCUCCUAUGUUUCCUGAGUUUUUUUGUUA